AUCUAUAGCAACACACGUAAGUCUAUCCUCCUAAGUACCAGCAGACAAUUAUCUAAUAAGUGUUUAAAAAUAAAUUGAUGAUGUUUCAGAGCACAGUACAGUUGCAAUGCGACGUGUCUCCCGCGCCAUUCAUGCUGCGGCCGUACGCCGGUCUUUACAACCCAUUCCCACUUGCGUGCUCCGUCCUCUGCAACCAUCCUGCUGAUACGGAAGCUAGGGAUGUCGUCAAAAAAGCUAAAGAUCAUUGGAUAGAAGGCAAAGGACAUUAUUUUCAAGAAGAUCUGUCAAAAUUCCAAGAUGGCGGCGGCGGUGAGAAAGAUAAGAACAGAACACCACAUGAUAUUUUUACUGAAGACAUGUUUAGGAGGUACGCCGAAACAGACUCAAGACCACUUACACCGGCUCCGACGCUCGCCAGCGGCAAAUCCAGGGGAUCUCGUCGGUGUCUGACACCUGACCAGCCUCAUCAAAGAACUACAAUCGUACUGGACCUGAGGCGAAGUCACAGUCAGGAAACCAUUUACUACCACGGUUACGCGACCUCUGACGUGACGGGAGGCCCAAACACGAGUCCUACAAAUGACAGGUCGACCUUACCCUCGCUGAACCUGUCUGAUGCCACCCACAAUCGUCUCCUGAUGGGGCAGAAUGAACAGCUACCUCCUCUCGCCUCUCCUUUAGUGCUGAGCAGGAGAACUGUGCCAGUGAAGGAACUUCAGAGCGUCAGGAUUUUAAAAAAGAAUCAACUGAAGGCUUUAAAUAUAGGCAAGCCAGCGAAGAGCAAAAACAAUAAAAUCGAGCAGCCUCCGUCUCAGCGAUCCAAGACUGAGAAAGAAAGUAACGAAGCGAACGAGGCUGCUUCUAAUGGAGAAGAAGGAGGUAGUGGCGAGGGGCGCAGGCGAGGUAAGAGGAGAAAGAAGGGUCGUCAGGGUGGUGGAAGCGACCGACUGACCUCUGCGGGCCUUGCAGCUCAGGCGCAACAGGAUCCCGAGACACAAAUUGCAGGCAUAGGUACGGAUUCGCAAAACCCGAGUUCCCGUGGAUCCAUAGCUCCAGCUGAAGAGGAUGACGUCAUCGUGUUGCCAGUCAUCAAACCCCUCGUGGUGGCCAAGAAGUCCGACUCCUUCCUUGAUGAUGAUAUGCUGAAGUUCUUACACCGCGAGGUCGAUGAAGAAGCUAUUGAAACAGAGUUCAAUACGAAGCGUCGCUACGUAUUAGAAGAAGCGAUGCGCACCCGUCCGGACCGGGCGUACGGGCAGGAAAUGCAGGCGCUGCUGAAGGAACUGAAAGUGCCGGCAGUCAGCCUCGGCGAUUGGCUUCACAUACCAAGAGUGUUCUCACGCAAGAAUGCACAGUUUUCCUUACCGAUUGACACUAAUGCUUUGGAAGAUCUAACACCAAUGAAUUACGCAGCGCGUUACGUGACGUUGAAGAAGUCGAAGCAGCUGUUGUACCUGACAGUGCUGAGGAAGUUCAGGGAACAUGGAUAUAGGAUGCCAAUAAAGAAUAUAGAAGAAGGUCUAAUAAUGAUGAUGGGGGGUAGCCUGACGGCGGCACAGGCGAGCAGCUUCGGGUCCAUCAUGGACUGGAACAACUACGAAGAAGAGGAAAACAUUCCGGACGAUAUCAAAGUCACCCUCGUCGAUAAAUGGUACAAGAAGCCUCUCAUCAGCACCGAAGCUGGAGAUGCAGAGUCUGAUGAAAACACCAUAAAAUAUCGGACGUGGUGUGGUCUUUGUGCAAUCUGUGAACGGAUGUACGGACGAUUUCCACCCAGAGACAAUGAUCCUCCCGAUGGGAUCGAGUUAAGCGACUUCUUAAUGGUUGAAUCUAAAUUAGUUACGCUUAAAGUAAAUAGUGGACUCAGGGAAAUAUUGAACGUCAUAAGAGAGCGAUGAAGUUCUAGGGUUUUUAGCAUUGUACCCAAUUAUUGGGGUAUAGUCA